AUGAAAUCAGCAAUGAAGAUAUUUUGCAUUUUCCUUACUGUUAUCUCCAGUUUUGGAUGUUUUCCUCCAGCUCCUCAGAUGAAAACAAGACAAAUUGCAGAAAGAACACAUAAGUGUUAUGUGGUCGGCGGUUCAUGCAAGUCUGAAUGUAAAGCUUGGCAGUAUGUCUACAAUUACUGUGACAUUGAGCCCCGCUAUGUGGUGUGUGAAUUCCAAAAGCCAAUAGUGAGAUUCUUGACUAGUCCCAAGGCUACAACUUAA